AUGCCGCACUCAAUUCCUGUGCCCCCGACGGGGUUCCAGGCCCUCAUUUUGUGCGGACCUGGCGUCUCUCUCAACACAUUCACCUCCAAUCCUGAAGAAUUUCCCAAAGCAUUGUUACCUAUAGCGAAUCGUCCUAUGGUGUGGUAUCCUCUGGAUUGGUGCUAUCGGAUGGGCAUAACAAAUAUCACUCUUAUCACACCCCCCGCCAGUCAAGCUCCAUUAGAAGCUGCUCUCUCGCAAAAUCCCCACCUCACAUCUCUUCCGGCACCGUCACCUUCCGUUCUCGCUCCCGCAGGCCUCACCUUGACGACGGGUACCGCGGAGCUGCUGCGUCUCCCCGAAGUCCAGUCAUGCAUCAAGUCCGAUUUCCUCCUUCUCCCCUGUGAUCUCAUUUGCGAUUUACCAGGAGAAUCCCUUAUUGAGGCAUGGAUGGUCACCCAAAGCGCCCUGGGUGGGUCUACUAUCAGCGGCGGCUGGAACUCCAAUGGACCCAAGAGCAUUGGAAUGGGUGGUGAACAAGGCGGCCGCAGGGGUGGUCUCGGGGUUUACUAUCAGACUAGGGGACGGGAAGAGAGCGUCAAGGGCGAGGUGACAGAUUUUGUGGCUACCACACCGUUAGAGCAGGAGGAAGCACCAGCCGUCUCUCAUAAUUCGGACGGACCUGUUUCGAUCCGGUAUGGGCUGUCAAAGCUAGUGCUCUCGAUACCUAUGGAUACACUGAAAGAACGGAUGGAAGAGCAAAAAGGGCUCCUCAUCCGUCAUUCGCUGGUGAAGAAGCAUGCGCAGGUGAAGAUGUUGACGACCUACCGCGACGCCCAUAUCUACGUAUUUCCUUACUGGGUCAAGGAGAUGGCUGUGCUGAAUGAAAACUUCGAGAGUGUCGGAGAGGAUCUUGUCGGUUGGUGGGCCAAGGCUGAGUGGCAGAAGGGUCUAGCGGAGAAGCUUCGACUGCGCGAGAUUUUCGAGCCAGAGGGACAGGGAGCCGCAGAAAGUGGCAGUCUGGACGGCGAGUAUAUCGAAGAUGAAAUUGAUCUCAAAGCAAUGAGCACCACCAAAGCGGGAGCCGGCACAUCACGCGACGCUCUGUCAGACGAUCCCUCAGAGACCGUGCAAUUCGCCUCUCGGGUGAAGAGAUCCGGUACUGAUUUGAGCACCGCGUCGCGAGAGCCAUCCAAAGGCAAGCUCACCGUGCCCCCGUUGCUGGCGUAUGUUCACUCCUCGCUGCCAUCUGCACCGCUGGUCAGGCGUGUGGAUACAUCGGCUCUGCUUCUAUCCGUAUCCCUCCGCCUUGCCAAACUCGAGUCGAUCGAGGAGGUCGGCCGCAUAGCCGCGUCGCCUUUCGCUCAUAACCAAAAGGUCGCCUACCCGGCUGGCGUCGCUCAGCGAUGCACGGUCACCAAGGCCGACUGCCUUCUCGCCGAUAAUGUCACGGUGGAGGAAAAGUGUGUCAUCAAGGAAUCCGUCAUUGGCGCCAACUGUCACAUCGCCAGCGGUGCCCGCUUGACGCGCUGUCUCAUCAUGGAUGGCGCCGUGAUCGGUGAACGCUGUCAGCUGACUGGCUGCAUUGUGGGCCGACGGAGUCAGAUUGGCCGCGAGAGUGUGCUCAAGGACUGCGAGAUCCAAGAUGGAAACAUCGUCCCCGAGGAGACAGACGCGAAAAACGAAAAGUUUAUGGUCUUCGAGGGUUUGGAUGACGAGGACGGUGAAGGAAUGGAUGUUUCCGAAGAGUUUAGCGACGGCAACGACGAGCUAGGGUUUUGA